UAUGGGAAGCGGGACAAUCGCAAAGUCGGCGUAGCAAGCCAGCCCCAAAUUCAUCCCGGUAUUCAUUGCUGGCGCAUAUGUAGACAACAUUUCUAGCGUUCUUCUUCUUUUCUUCUUUUUUUAUCUGGACGUUAAUUAUAUGAAAAUGGAAUCCAAUUCGCCUAAACGACGAAAGUUGGAUCAUACCAAUAGCGGUCCGACUUUCGAAACUGCUACAUCAUCCUCCAUGGGCGUCUCGGGUUCGAGUGCCUUUGUACUAGAAACCGACGAGUUAUUGAACGAGGUUAAAUUGGACUAUUCAAAGGCUUUCGUUGGGCUCGAUCAAACCUUGCGCCAAUUCAAAGACGCGAUCGACGGUCUUGAGCAAUAUGGCCCCAUUCCUAUCAACGAAGCAUCAGCAACCUGGGAGAAGACGAACCGUACUGCUAUUCCCUACCCUGACCCGAAACCUGCGAAGGACUGCCCCUACAAGGUCGCUUUCGAGAAACCCACCCAUAUCAACGUCGUAGGGUCCUAUACGUCGCGAACCAUGGUUAAGUCGCAGUCCAGCUUCGCUGUUGAUAUGAUUGCGGUCAUGCCGGCUAGCCUAUUCUCGGAGAAGGAUUAUCGUGACUAUCGCUACUUCUACAAGAGGGCCUUCUUUCUAGCCUACAUUGCCGAUGGCCUACGCAAGAAGUUUUCUGAGCUGGAAUUUGUGUACACCAACUUCAAUGGCAAUGUGCUUCUCCCUAUCCUGGUCGCGCGACCACAAGCCCAAUCCUCGAAGAACCAAGAUUCCGAGACUCAGGGACAGCCGGGAAAGCCGCUCCACUACGAGAUCAGGGUCAUACCCAACGCACCCGAAGGCUUUUUUCCACUAUCGAAGUUAUUGGCCACUAGUAGUUCUAUUCGCCGCAAUGAAACUGGGGAGUCAAAAGAUACGAAGUUGCCGACAUCUUUCUACAAUAGUACUCUCAAGUCAGAGAGUCAAUUCAUCUCUUACUUGAAGCUCCUUCAUCGCGCAUCAAAUACAUGCGCUUCCUUCAAGGAUGCCUGUAUACUGGGUCGUAUCUGGCUACAGCAACGUGGAUUCGGUGGUAAUGCAGCCGAUGGUGGUUUUGGCCACUUCCACUGGGCGGUGCUGAUGGCGCUUCUACUUCAAACUGGGGGGAGGAAGGGUGAACCAGUUCUUUCGCCUUCACUGCACGCUUCACAACUGUUCAAGGCCACGUUACAAUACCUCGCUUCAUCGAAUUUACACAAGAAAACCGUGGUUCUCGGGCCAGCCCUGAAAACCCAAGAAGCUAUUCGCCAAAAUGGACCGGUUCUGUAUGAUUCGGCCCGAGAGAUCAAUAUCAUGUAUAACACGACAACUUGGUCUGCUUUCAUGCUGAACGAGCACGCUAAAUUGUCGCUGACAGCUAUCAAUGACCCUCAAGUUGACCAGUUUGAUUCAUUGUUCAUCACGAAAGUUAACCAACCGUUGCAGAUGUUUGACUUAUUCGUUAAAAUAAAGAUUCUGCCUGGUGGUGCGCGAAACUCACCUGGCGUUCUCGACGGUAGGAGUCCAACAAUGGCCGCUGCUGAGGACAUAUACCGAACAGUGAAAAAGGCGCUUGGCGAGCGAGCCAAAUUGAUUAAUAUUCAAUUACCCAAGCUAUCGACUUGGAAAGUCACACCUUCGUCUGCCAAAACAAAAACAGAGAGUAUUCUCGUUGGUAUAAUGUGUGAUCCUGCCAAAGCAUCUCAGGGAAGAGAGUUCGGGCCCCUUUACGAGCAGAAAAAGGAUGCAGCUAGGUUCCGGGAGUUUUGGGGCGAUAUUGCUGAGCUUUGGCAGUUCCCUUCCGGCGAGAUAGUCGAGUCAGUCAACUGGACCGAAUACUCUCCUCUCGGUUAUUUUGGCAUCUGUCAGGCCAUCAUUCGUUAUAUCUUGAAAUCGCGACUGGAGUUGACUGAUGAUGACCUCGAAUUCCACGGCCAAGAAUUCUCGAAUGUGAUAUCCUUAUCUCCUACGGAUAAGGCGAGCUUCGAUGCUGCAAGGGCCUCCUUCUCAGUAUUUGAGAAAGACAUACGAGAAUUAGAAGACCUGCCUUUAUCUGUGAGACAAAUCGCGUCGAUCGGCUCCGAGACAAGAUUUUCAUCUUUGCGCUCGCCAAUCCCCAACCAACGAAAGCAAGGUGCGACACCAAUCGAUGUAGUGCUCUCAUUUGAAGCAUCUGGGAAGUGGCCUGAAAAUAUUGCCGCGAUCCAACGAGCCAAGAUAGCACUAUUAUUACAGAUUGGCCGUUCUCUCGAAGAAGCCAAAGAUGGAGUCAUGACGCAUAUAGGGCUAGAAGAUGCCUCGCGCGAGACCGAGAACUUAGCAUUCUUGGAUAUUAUGUAUGAAGACGGGUUUUCGUUCCGUCUGCGGGUUCAUAGCGACCAAGAGGAGACUCUGCUUGAUAGACAAACCAAAGACCAAACACUCGACCGCCACGUCCGGACUGAAGCUGCAGCCCUGCUUUCAUCUGCGAGAUGGAGAAGCGCAAUUCUGCCGCUUCAUAACCAGACCAUCUCAACAUACUGUACCCGUUUCCCCGCAUUAUCUUCAUCGAUACGUCUGGCGAAGCACUGGUUCAAUGCUCAUCGUCUUGGGAACUACUUUAACGAACCACUCAUUGAGCUCUUUGUACUACAAGCCUUUUUGCAGCCUCAUCCAUUCCCAAUGCCCUCAUCGACAUCAACCGGGUUUCUACGGACUCUUCUAUUACUUGCAUCAUACGAUUGGAGGGAGGAGCCAAUGAUUGUUGACCCAUCGGAUUCCCUGUCUGCCUCGGAACGUCUCGAUAUCUCAACACGAUUGGAAGCUUGGAGGAAAAUCGACGCAAAUAUGAACCGCACGACGCUGUUCGUAGCCACAUCCUUCGACGUCACUGGCGUGGCCUACACACAGGGUAUUCCCAAGGUCAUUGCAACGCGCAUGACAACCCUCGCCCGAUCCGCUACCAAGGCUGCGAAGGACAAAGGUAUUGAACUCGACCCGCGCACGCUCUUCCAAUCCGGCCUUCGCGAUUACGAUGUCAUAAUACAUCUCUCGGCCAAGGCGAUCAAAGGCGUGCUUCGAGAUGACGGGACCAAGCACUCUCACUUCAAAAAUCUCGACGAGAGCGGUAGUUCCGAAGCCCUUCCUCUCUCCGAACCCCCCGUCUCAGCUCUCCUAAGACGUCUAAACUCCGUCUACGCGACGCCGCUUCUCUUCUUCCACGGCGGCCCGGAAGAUACAGUAAUAGCGGCGUUAUGGAACCCGCAGCUGCAUAGCCGUGGAUUCAGCGCGAAUAUGCCGUCGUCGUUUAAACCGACGGGUGCGGACUCGGAUACGUUUGAGUUGAACCGAGAGGCUGUGCUUGCCGAGAUUGCGAGGAUCGGCGGAGAUAUGAUUGAGAAGAUUGAUGUAAAGAGUGGCUAGCAGGAAGAAAAUCUUGGAAUAGAGUCGGGGCUGUAAUUAGAGGAAAGACAGGUGUUGGCAUAUAUAGCAGUACUACUAGGUAUUUGAGUACCCGGUGCAUCGGUUUUUCUCACAACAGGGAAUACUAAAGAAUAAAUCUGAUUGUACAUGUCAUAGUUGAUAAGCCCGUGUUACUUACCUAGGUAGUUUACUUUGGUCUCUGUCAACACCACAAAGAAUGGGAAGCG